ACCAGCUGUAGUUAUUAAUGUUUAAUGACUACAACUAAUAAACAAAGAAUGAAAUAUAAAAUGGUACUUCUGAAUUUAUUCAGAAGACUUGAAACAAUAUAAUAGGAGAAGUGAAAAUUGGAUUUUAGAGUUUUAAAAAAUUAUCAAAAGACGAUGAUCGGAAACAAUAAGAUAAGUGAAAUAAUGUGUGUUAAUAAUUAUAAAUAUUUCCGGCGACCAAUCAUACCGUUUUUAACACCAAGAACAGAAAAUGUAGAAAUACCAAAACGCUUUAAUCAUGAUAUUUUGAACGACAUAGUUAGAAAUGCACAGAAACAAUGUUAUGCAUUUUCACCUAGAUCAGAACCAAAUAGAGAUGUGGGAACUCAAACAGAUUAUAGAGACAGUGAUACGCAAACUGUUCCUUGGGAACCGCCAUAUAAAGUUAAAAAAGGACAUGAUCCAGAAGUACUGACAAUAGCACAUUUAACUUGGAAUCAAGGAUUACCUCCUGGAGUUCACGAGUUAGAAGUUAUUAAUAGAUUGAGAAUGAAGAAAAAAUGGGAAGAGGUUCUUCCUCCUAUGGAUACACCUGCAAAUAUAAAACUAAGAACAGCUAUUUUAACAGCAAUGGAAGUAGAUGAAUGGGCAUUUAGAGAAGCGGAGAUUCAAGCAAUAAUGGAUUAUAGACUCGAACUGAUGGAUAAAAUAGCAAAAUCUCAUGAAGCUGAAAAGGAAAAAAAGAUAGAAGAUCGUUUUCAUAGAUUGAAAAACGUUUUGUCCAAACAUAAAGAUGAAAAGAUAAAUUCUAUUAGACAUAAUCUUAGAAGAGAAUUAAGAAAACUCCAUAAAAAACAUUACCAAACAUCACGACCUAUUAAAUGUGACAUUAUUAUAGAACACGCUGAUCCAGCAUCUGAAAUAUAUGCACCACAAAUGCGUAAUGGGGAACAUCCACAAAGAAGACAUGCUGUAAUAGAUAAAAAAUUAUUAAAGGAAAGCGCUAUUGAAGAUGUAGAAAAUAUGAACACAUUGCCUGCUUGGCUGCCAACAUUUGAGGAAUUAAAGGCAAUUAGGCCGAAGCCCAAACCAUUCGACCUUUGUAUUAGAGAAACAAGAUGGACAGAAGAAAAACUGAAACAAUUGUAUAAUGAUUUGAAGGCAAUGAGACUAAACAUAGAACACGCAGAUGCACCAAUGUUAUUGAAACGCAAGUAUAAAACACCAUCCUUGCCUCCCACACCAUAUAAGACGCAUACAGAAGAUGUACACGAUAUGCACUUACAUCAAUUGUCCACUCUUAUUCAAAAAAUAAUUAGAGGAAGAGCGAUUCAGUGCAUGAUGUUCGAAGGUCGCAAUAGAUGUAGACAAUUAAUCGAAGAAUUGCAAUCAUCUCAUGGACUAGAGGAAGAAAGUAAGAAGCGACGACAAAAAAAGAAGGAGCAAAUGAUGGACAUGUUGCACUUUCAAAAUGAGAGAUCUGUACAAGAAGACCGUUUAUCUGAAAUUCUUAAUUCCUUGGAAGGAAUGACUCUUUCAGCGAUGCUAAAUUUCCUUAGCGAAGAGUUGUUGAGAUUGGAAGACGAACGUCGCAUGCACGCUUUUGCAUUACUAGCUGAAAGAGAAAGAGCCAUGAGAGAGGCAGCAGAGGCUGGAAGACGCCAGCUAGAAUAUAAUCGGCGUAGAGAAUUUGAUGAAAUGUUUAGACAAGUUAUAAAAAUUCAUCAAGAAUCUGUGGAAAUCUAUUUAGAGGAUGUUAUAAGAGAAGGCAUUGAAUGGGUAUCUGACGAAGCAGCUAAAGAAUAUAUUGAUAACAUAUGCGAUAAAGUAGACAACGUAGCAGCUCAUGCGCACGACAAUGCGUUAAGAAUAGCAGAGGAAGAAUUGGUAGCAAACAUGAUUUAUAACUUUGUAUUACCUGAAGUAGAGAAAAGUACAGUACAAAAGAACAUAAGAAUAAAACAACAAAGUUAUUUGCAACAAGCACAUGCAACUAUUUACGAUGAAAUAGUACAUUUACCACCUAUUAAAAGUACAGAUUCAUUUAAUGAUAAAUUAGAUACAGUGAACCAUAAAAUGUCUAAAGAAAUGUGUACUAAAUCGGAUUCAAUUGAAGUGUCAAAUGUUCAAGAAAAUUUGCCAGAAGCCACUACAACAAUUUCUACUAGAGAUGUACAAUCAGAAUCCCUGUACUCAUCUUCCUAAAAAAAUGUUGAAUUAAUUUUAGAAAUUAAUCUAUCAAAUGUUGAUAAUAUGUAAAUCAUUUUAUUCUACGCAAAGUGGUAGUGAAAUCUGAAAUAACGACAGUAAUUAAAUACAAAGGUUGGUACUUGAAUUAAAAUUAUAAUAACUGAAAGUUGAUAAUUACAUUCAAUUGUAUAUUUUUAAAGUUUUCGAUUUCAUUAAAAUUAUACAUUUUACAACAUAUAUAGCUGAAUAUUUUUAAAUUAUCAUAUUACCGGAAACUACAUAUAGGUAUAAAUAUAUGCACCAGGUAUCACUAAUAAUUUAUUGUCGCUAACUUUACAGGAAACCUUACACAAUAUUUUAAUUAAUGUAAAAUAAUGUUUAUGUAAAUGGAAGAAUUAUUACAAAUAAAAUAAAUA